AUGGAUACCAUCGAUGCCUCGGAGCACUACGAGCUAGGCACCACCGAAAUUGCGCCCUCUCUUCUCACUGUUAUCAUUGACACGAAUCCCCAUGCUUGGGCCACCAUUGAAGAUGCCCUCCCAUUCUCGAAAGCCGUCGCGAACAUAUUAGUCUUCAUCAACGCCCACCUAGCCUGCAACUAUGCGAACGAAGUAGCUGUCGUUGCCUCCCAUCUCCAAAAAGCCGCAUGGCUCUACCCUGUUUCCCACCAUAGCCAGAAACCCGCAGAUCGUGAUGGCGACGUGGUCAUGAAUGGCGAUAGCAACGGUCCACAAACGAGCAAAUACCGCUCAUUUCGCCUCAUAGAAGAACAGGUCAAUAGGAGCUUGAAAGAUCUCCUUGAUUCAACAAGUAAUGAUGAUUUCCGGAGCAACACGUCUACAAUGCUAGCGGGCUCGCUCACCCUGGCACUUAGCAACAUCAACCGGCGCACAAUUGCGUGGGCCGAGGAGCAUGGUGGCACAAAACCAGACGAAGUCGCAGGUGACGGAGGCGGACUGGCUACUGCGAACGGAAGCGCAGCUGUGGAAGAUGACAGAAGUCUACAAAGUCGGAUCCUCAUCGUGUCAGUGAGCGGCUCCAGUGACUCGGCGCACCAGUACAUUCCCAUGAUGAACAGUAUCUUCGCCUGCCAGCGGCUUCGUAUUCCGAUUGACGUAUGUAAGUUGAGCGGUGAUGCUGUCUUUCUGCAACAAGCAUGUGAUGCUACCAAGGGUGUCUACAUGUCUCUUUCGGAGCCGCGGGGAUUCCUCCAAUACCUGAUGAUGGGCUUUCUCCCGGAUCAACGCUCGCGAAGACAUCUCGUGCUUCCGACGCGAAUCGACGUGGAUUUUCGCGCGGCGUGCUUCUGCCACCGCCGAGUCGUCGAUAUUGGAUUCGUCUGCUCUAUCUGCCUGAGUAUUUUCUGUGAACCCCCCGCAGGAAAUGAAUGUUUGACGUGUGGAUCUCCUCUGGACGCAGGGAACUUAGGGGGCAAAACCGGCUCUUCUUCCGAGAAAGAAGAAGAAGAAGAAGAAGAUCCCCCGAGUAAAUGGUGGUUCGGCGGAUGGGACGCCAAUGUCGGUGCCUGCGACUCCGACUCCAGGGCCUUGAAUAUCAUCAUCUUAGAUCUAUUCAAUGAAGGGUGGAACUUGCACUAA